CAACCAGUGCGGUGGUGGAGACAUCAGUGGAGGCCACACCUGCACCUGAGCAAAUUCAGGCAGCACCUGGUCAGGGAGCUGAGAGCAUCUCCACGCUUGGAACCUCUGCUGGGCCAAAACCCCCAGAACAUGGACCGAGUGACCAGAUACCCCAUCUUCAGCAUCCCUCACUCACCAGGCAAGGCCGGCCUGGCCCUCAGUGGGAACACCGGCCACACAUUCCAGCUGGUGGAUGUGGAGCCCUCGGGCAGCAGCUGGGGCCAGGACAAGCCUAUAGUGCACACAGCUAAUCACAAGCCCCAGCCAGAUGUGCUGAGGACAGGGGCACCUUGCAGCCUGUGUGGCUUCCCCAGCCAGCAGUACCUGCAGCCGGAGGAUGAUGAGGAUGAGGUGAAGGCCUGCCACCUGGACACAAGAGGUGCCCUGCCCAGGCAGCCCCUGGACCUGGAGCAGGAGCGCUGGGCAGUCAUUCAGGGCCAAGCAGUGAGGAAAAGUGGCACAGUGGCCACACUUCACGGCACCCCUGACCACGGGGGCCCUGGGACCCCUAGACAGUCUCAGUUCACGGCCCUGGAGGACAAUGUGAUUGACAGGGAGCAGAUCAACUUCCUGGCAGCAAGGCAGCAGUUCCUGAGCCUGGAGCAGGCAAAUGCGGGGGUCCCUCAGAGUCCUCAAGCCAGGGUGGGCCCAACAUGCACCCCACCCAGGGUCAGCCAGACUCCCAAGAGCUUAAACCAGCCGCCCCUCUCCAAUGGGUAUGUUGUCUCAGUGAAGCGCCAGGUGAAGGUGGUCAUACAAGAGAAGAGGGCCCAUGGUUUGUCCACUGGGUCUGGUGUCCAAGCUACAGACAGCCCUGGCUUCCAGUCCCAAGCAGAAUCACUGGAGGCUCCCAAGGAGACACCCAUUGAGCGGGAGAUCCGGCUGGCCCAGGAGCGUGAGGAAGCUCUGCGUGAGGAGAGGGGGCUGCGGCGGGCGGUGAGCCACCAGGAGCUGGUGGAGAUACCCACCCGGCCUCUGCUUACCCAGGUGAGCCUGACCACGGCCCCGCGGCGGGAGAGGGGGCGCCCAUCACUCUAUGUGCUGCGUGAUAUGGUACAGGAGACACAGCGUGAAGAGGACUACCGGAGGGAGGGCCUGCAGACGGGCUGGGUGUCCGUGCCCACCGGGAUCUCCGAGGAUGCCCAGCCUGCACUUCGGAGAGCAGUUAGCUCAGACUCUGUUCUCAGCCAGGCCACAGACGCCAGCGCGGCCAACCCUGCUCCAGAGCUGAGGAGGGUGAACCGCAUUCCACCUGACGCCUACCAGCCUUACUUGAGCUCUGGGCCCCCCCAGCAGAAUUUCUCAGCUUUCCAUGCUUAUGGCAAGCCUAGUGGUCUCUCUGCAGAUGCAGCCAAGGUGGUGGCCUCACCAAAGGCCACAGGGUCUCAGAGGCAUCUCUUGGAAUCCUCUGGAAAACCCUCAGGCACAAAGCAGGAGUUCUGGAAGCCCCCCAGGGGACCCUCAUCAGCCAAUGGGGGUGUCGUGCGAUGGGAGUACUUUCGCCUGCGUCCCCUGAGGUUCAGCAUUCCGGAUGUUUCCCAGAAGGCUGAGGUCCCCAGAACCUGGGGCUGGGAAGUGGCUGGGGCCCCGGCGUUGAGGCUGCAAAGGUCCCGGUCCUCUGAGCUGCUGAAGAAGGAGGUGGAGAACGUCCUGAAGCAUGAGCAAGAAGUGGAGGAGGAGCGACGCAAUGCUCUCUUCCCAGAGGUCUUCGAGCAGCCAGGCUGUGACAGGGACUCCUGGAGCUCCUCCCAGACAUCAGGCAUCCAGGGCAGCUACUCCGUGUCUGAGUCGCACUUCUUCACCCCCGCCCACCUGCACUCGGGCCUGGUGUGGAAGGCAGAGGCCCCUGCCGAGGCUGCUCCUGGGCAGAGGAAGAAGGAGGAGCAGUGGUAUGCUGGCAUCAAGCCCUUGGACCACGUCAACUCGGAGGUCCUAGAAGCCACACGGGUGAUGCGCCACAAGAACGCCAAGGCUGAACUCUGGGAAGCCGGUAUCUACGCCAGUGAGGAUGAGGACUGAGCCUGGAGACAGGGGAUACCCUGACCCUGUGGGAACUGCCAAGACCAUCACCGAGCCACCCCCCCCCUCUAGGAAACAGGUCCCCAUUUAAAUCCACAAUCCGAGAACCACAAACAACAUGCUGACAACCCUGAGGGUGGCUGUGCCUUCGGACUUGAAGGCUUUCUGCUUUUAUUUUUCUAGAGAAAUUGUUCUGCUUUUUCUGGGUCUAAAGCUGGGGCUAAAACGGGACCUCUAUGAAUUCUUUCUGUUUCUAGGACUUUGUCAAAUACUCUUCUGCCCAAGGAGGAAGGAGACUAGCUCCCCCUCCCCCACUCCGGUUGCCGUUCCCACUAGUCUGAGGGUAGAGAGGCUGGUUGAGGAAGGCAUGGGUCCUGGCACCUUGAGAGGCCGCAGGUCUGAGGAAGAGACACUGGCCCCGCCCCAAGGCCCUGUCUGCGAAGGGGGACAUGCCCGCCCCAGCCCUGGGAAACCUUCCAGUCUGAGGAAGGAAACCUGAGCGCCCCAUCUGAAGGCCUUUGGGCGGCCAAGGAGUCUCCUCCAUGGUGCACCAGCAAAGCCCUGCCUGGCGUGAUGGGGUCCCGUGGGGACAGCAUCUGACCUGGCGGAGAAAAGGGCUUGAUUUGUGAGCUGAAGGGGGUCCUUCUCCUGCCCCCUCAACCUGCUUGUUCACAUCCACCAUGAAAUAAACCCUCCCCCCCUCCUGGUUCA